AAUCACCAAAUGAGUGCGUUCGUGUGUCAGCGCCACUUUGGAGAGAUCUUUGUGACACAAUUUUGAUCACAAACAUCACACAAAGAGGCCUCUCCACCCUUCAUUUAGUUCAGCAUCUCCAGAAAUUGCAAUUUCUACUUGAGCUCAUCUCUGGAAAGGUGAAGCCAGGAAACUUACUCAAGACCUGGGCUGUCAAACUCAUUUUUUUUUUUUUGUCACGUUUUCCUUCGGGGGGUCCUUAUGACUGAAAGCCUAAAAAUCUUUAAACACAUCAAAUUUAUAAACUACUCUUGGGAUCAGAAAUGGGGUUCAUCAACUAUUGUUGAGGUUUGGUAACACAAAAAACGGUUGCAAUAUCGCAAUGAUUUCAUUCAUGAGAUGGCAAUUUGAAGCUUUUGUCCUGAUUUGAACCUGUCGCAUGUGGCAGACCGGAUCGGGACCGCGGGCCUCAAGUUUGACACCCGCUGGUGCUCUGGACCGAGUGCGCCCCCUGCUGUUCUUCAAGUGUAACCAAAAAAAAAAAAAAAAAAAAAAACAAUCUUGUAGAAGAAAUAGCACGAUGCAAAACGCUGCGCACGUCUAAAGGUUGAUCAUUUGGCACAGGCGUGAACGCGCCGAUUCUGAGCGACCGGGCGCGCGAACGCGCUAUUACGCAACCACUGCCACCCCCCCCCCGCACGCGCCUGCAAGCGGAUCAACGUCGGCUGUUCGCAAGUGCGCGCGUGCUGCCUCGUACGACCUGCACUUGACCACAAACGGCAGUAAAAGGCCAAAAAAAAAAAAAAAAAAAAAAAACCCUCACAUCAGCAGCCACAAGCCUGCACGUUUUCCAGAAGUCCGACUGAGCCUUUCUUGACUUGAGCCGGCAUCGCGGUUGGCCAUGGGCAAGGAGAAGGUCCACAUCAACAUCGUGGUCAUCGGCCACGUGGACUCGGGCAAGUCCACCACCACGGGCCACCUCAUCUACAAGUGCGGCGGCAUCGACAAACGAACUAUCGAGAAGUUUGAGAAGGAGGCCGCCGAGAUGGGGAAAGGAUCGUUCAAGUACGCGUGGGUGUUGGACAAGCUGAAGGCCGAAAGGGAGCGCGGCAUCACCAUCGACAUCUCGCUGUGGAAGUUCGAGACCAGCAAGUACUACGUGACCAUCAUCGACGCUCCCGGCCACAGGGACUUUAUCAAGAACAUGAUCACUGGAACGUCGCAGGCCGACUGCGCCGUGCUGAUCGUGGCCGCCGGCGUGGGGGAGUUUGAGGCCGGCAUCUCCAAGAACGGGCAGACCCGCGAACACGCCCUGCUGGCCUACACGCUGGGCGUGAAGCAGCUCAUCGUGGGCGUCAACAAGAUGGACUCCACUGAGCCCAACUACAGCCAGAAACGCUACGAGGAAAUCGUCAAGGAAGUCAGCACCUACAUCAAGAAGAUAGGCUAUAACCCCGACACGGUGCCGUUUGUGCCCAUCUCCGGCUGGAACGGCGAUAACAUGCUCGACGCGAGCCCCAACAUGCAAUGGUUUAAGGGGUGGAAGAUCAACAGGAAGGACGGCAACGCAUCGGGGACCACGCUGCUGGAAGCCCUGGACGCCAUCCAGCCACCCACCCGGCCAACGGACAAGCCUCUUCGCUUGCCCCUUCAGGACGUUUACAAGAUUGGAGGUAUCGGAACUGUUCCGGUAGGGCGCGUGGAAACGGGCAUCCUCAAGCCUGGCAUGGUGGUGACCUUCGCCCCCGUCAACAUAACCACCGAGGUUAAGUCGGUGGAGAUGCACCACGAGGCGCUCUCCGAGGCCCUGCCCGGUGACAACGUUGGCUUCAACGUCAAAAACGUGUCCGUCAAGGACAUCCGGCGUGGGAAUGUGGCCGGCGACAGCAAGACCGAUCCGCCGCAGGAGGCUGCCAGCUUCACCGCUCAGGUCAUCAUCCUUAACCACCCGGGCCAGAUCAGCGCCGGCUACGCCCCCGUGCUGGACUGUCACACCGCUCACAUCGCCUGCAAGUUCGCCGAGCUCAAGGAAAAGAUCGACCGUCGCUCUGGAAAGAAGCUGGAGGACAACCCAAAGUCCCUCAAGUCCGGAGACGCGGCCAUCGUCGACAUGACUCCGGGCAAGCCCAUGUGUGUCGAGAGCUUCUCCGAGUAUCCCCCACUGGGUCGCUUCGCCGUGCGCGACAUGCGGCAGACGGUGGCCGUGGGAGUCAUCAAGGGUGUGGAGAAAAAGGCCUCCACCGCCGGCAAAAUCACAAAGUCUGCCCAGAAGGCCCAGAGGAACAAAUGAAUGUUGUGCGACGCUGCCGACCCGAAGGUCUCCCGAGGCAGGACGUCGCUCAUCCGGCUCCAUCCCAAGAUUGGCUGCUUCAACUCGAUAACCAAAAACUGGUUAAUCGUCGCAAUGCAUCGCAAGACCAUCCGGAGAAAAGAAAAAAACCAAACAAAGAAAAAUGACAGCUCUGCCGACUCCUAUCGUGGUUGGAUCACCACGGUACACGAUGUAAUAACACAUAGCGGUAGUUUUAAGUGUGCGCUGUUUGUUCCUUUCAGUCAUGGCAAUACUCUCGCUAAAUGAGUGCUAUUCCACUCGCUCACCGAGCUAUAUACAGUAUACUCCCGUCCACAGGUACCGCUGACACGGUCGGUGUCGUCCUCAGUGUCCGUUUUACGUUACGCGUGAAGAGCCCAGGACUAGAAGUUCAAACUACUGUAUGUUUUGCCCAGUCUGAGUUAAGUAGGUAGAACGUACUGUUUUCUCGUGGUUCGGCUUUAAGUGGCAUCGCGUGUCCUUCCCGAAGGAGCGCCAAGUCAGCCUCCGCAUUCUUUUCACCACUUCGCUCAUUGGCACUUUGCACACGCCUUGGAGAUGUAUUUCAAAAUUGACUGAAGCUAUUGCACCUUACCGAGACAUUAAACUCAGUAUGUUGUUGUUAUGGUCAUCUGUCGUUUUGUGCUUUUUCUCAGAAGGUGCAACAAAACGAGCUUUGCGAUGAAUGCGUGCCGUGAAAAUAGUGCCAAGACUUUGCUACAACCGCAUCGGGGUUGUUUCCCCCAAAAGACAUCGACGAGCUGUCAGGUUUCCUGAGGAAAAAAACGAUCCUUAAAACUGAUCGGCCUACUGGCGAGAUCGGACCGAGACGGUCCGAGACCAAACCUUUGAGGUGUCUUGAAGGAGUUCAAGACCACAUCAAGGCAAGUUGAGAACCUUUUUAGACCUCCAAGACUUUGGCCCGGUCGAGUCCAAGGUUAUAGACAAGACUGAAGAGUUGAGGACAAGUUAAGAUCAAAAUAUCCGAGUCGAGGCCAAGACCAAGACCGUGAAGAAAUUUUCUUUAUUGAACAGAACAUCUGAAAGUGAACUGGUCGAGUCGAGUUUGAGACAACAAAGGCCCAUUGAAACAUUUAAGCUCGACAUCUUUUGCUGCUAAAUGGACAAAAAAAAAAAAAAAAAAAAACAAA